AUGCAUAUACUGCAGAUCAGCACUGUGGUUUGUGCUUUCAUCAGCCUUCUCCUCCUCCUCAUUGCCCUGGGCUCAGACUACUGGCUGCAAAGUGACAAUGCAAACAGUGGCCUCUGGGUAGCUUGCGGCCCUGUCUUUUCGAUCUAUACUUGUUACUCACCUUCGAUUAAUGCCGUACAAGGUAAGCUCUUCUCUGUCUUGUGCUAGGAGUAUUUAAGGUGUGGUAUUCCAAAGCUGAUUGAACUGAGGUUCAUUUCUAAGGUAUGCAGCAGUGGGGGGCCCAGUUGAUCCUUCCUCAACCCUGGGUGCCAACACAAAAUGGCUGCUGUGGGUGGGCAGCAAAAAAAUUAAAAGGAGAUGGUAGUUCUUACCACUGAGGCUGGAUCUACACAGAUAUGAAAAAUGCUAUAAAAACACUAUAAAAACUAUAGCUCUCAAUGCUGUUUACCAUUGACGAUGGAUCACUGCUCUACGGUGCCCUCUCGUGUCACAUUUUAAGAACACAUUUUUAACAUUAUAAUUGACCAGUGUAGAUGAGUCCCCACUUUCCACAAAAAAACCCCCUCUUGCCUCUGAUUUUUAAUAUAUGUUGUCAGGAAGCCAGUUUUUUUUGUCUGCCAAGACGCCCCUACCUUAUAUACAACCUUGCAUGUUGCAAAGGAUCCUGGGAGUGCUUUGGACUGCACACUCAAUUUGCACUGUGCUCUUGGCAGGUUUACUGGGCCCCGAUGUCACUCAGUGUGAAUUGGGUGUGUCUUUUUUCAGUUCUGUGAAGCUGUGCAUUGCAGGAGAAGAUGGGUGGCGUUGGGCAAGUUGCACAGAAGAGAUGUUUCCCUACCACAGCUAGUCUUCAAGUUGGCAAACCUAUGAUAAGCUUCAAAGGAUACUUAGAACAAUACAGACUAAACCAGUUUCAUCUCCUGAUGGCAUCUCUCAGCAGCUUAACAGAGAUAUGAACCAGCAUGGGGGAAAGAAUGAACCCCUGUGGAGUGCAGUGGGUUAUGCAACAGGCCAGUAACCAUGGUGCUGAGUAAUAGGAGGCCGGCCCAUUAGGGGAAAUGGAGCAUUGGUCCACCAACGUCCGUCUGCUUUCAGCCAACACCCACCUACCACGGGUUGGCUGUGUCUGACAUUCCCUCUUGCUCCACUUACUUUUGGUCUUCCUGCCAUCUGCCCUACCAGUACUCAUAUGCAUCAGCCACCACUGGUGACAUCCCCCCUUUCAGGACUGACCAAGCAGGUAGGAGUAGAAGCACCAUCAGGAAAUCGUGCCCUCAAGGCAUUUAAAUACUUUUUUGUUGUUGUAGAUUCCUUUAAAUGUGAAUAUUUAUUUUGACUUUUCUAUUAAAAAAAUACAGAUUAAUUCAGAAACAGGACAGAGAGCAUGCAAAACUGGUAUGUGUCAGAUAAAAACUGAUCUACUCAUCCCUGGUGGAAAGUAUUACAUGGGAUGUCUGCAGGGCUAUUGUCAAAUCCCACAGAUGCAUUUAACCUUUUUUCUUUCUCUUCCUUCCUUCCCAAAAGGUUUCUACCAUGCUACCCGAGCCUUCAUGUUCUUCGGGAUGAUUGCUGGAGCCAUCUCUUGCAUUGGCCUUUGUUGCAACUUCUUUUCCUUCCAACUUGGCUUCAUCUCCAAGACCAAGAACUCCGCUAAAGCCAGUCUUGUUGCAGGUAUCAUGGGGGUUCUGAGCAUCUGCGUCCACACUAAGCCCAAGCCCCUGAAACCCCAGAAAUCAGAGCUGUAGACACUUGCAGCCAAUCGGAAGCCGUGUCUUGGUUGUCCAAUGUUUUUGGAAGUUGAACAGAUUCCCUUUGACAACCAAGGUAUGACAGUAUAGAGCUUUGUACACUAAUUUUGAACCUUGUACAGGGGCUGAUUGGCAGCCAGUGCAUUUCUUUCAGCCGCAGUAUAUAUGUUGGUCAUAUUCCACCUCAGUGAGUAGUUGAUCCUCUCCAUUUUGCACUAACUGCAGCUUCCAGCUCAGCAUCAAGGAUUUAAUUAACAAGUAACUUGAUAUCCUGACAUAUUUUUUCUUCCUAGCUGGUUGCGUCCUGAUUGCCAUGGCCAUCUUCACAGGGCGUACAGCGGCAGCAAUCAGCAGUUCUACCUGGUAUUAUGGAUGGUCAUUUGGCUUGGGCUGGGCGACCUUUCCUCUCUUCCUCAUAACUGGUGAGUAUUUGUCGAAUGCUGGAAAUGUACAUCUUUAUUUAAAGGUUUACCUUUGUGUAGAGUAGUCUGCUGCGUUAUUUAGCUCAGAACAGUUUGGGGCUUCUCUACAGUGUGUCCAUUUGAACACAGUUGAAAGCAGGUGUGUAUUCCAUGCAGAAGAUUCAAAAUGCACCAUGUAGUUCUGUGGAAAAGAAUAUAUUUUUGCCUUCUAGAAUGGCAAUUUGGGACCUCACUGAUUAGGAAACGAGCUCAGCAGUCCAGAUAUCUUGAAUGGAGUUUGAUUCUGCUCCCCCUGAUGCCUUAACCAGCCCCUUUUCUCUCCUGACAGGUGGGCUGGCUUUCGCCUUGGAUAGGGCUGUGUCAACAGCAGCAUGA